CCCGUGGUAAAACUGCCACCAAACUGCCACCGGUUUUUCACUUACCCACUAUAUAAAACACACCGAACCCUUUCCCUUUCCAAAUCAACAACUCAUCUCAUCUUCUUCAAUCCAAUUACAGCAAGUCAAGAAGACAUGAACGCUGCAACAACAAAAGCUUGGAUUGUAGCCGCAAGCAUCGGCGCAGUGGAGGCGUUAAAAGAUCAAGGCAUUUGCAGAUGGAAUUAUCCUAUGAGAUCAGUUCAACAGCAUUUCAAAAAUAAUAUUAGAUCUUUCGCUUCAGCAAAAACGAUCUCCUCUUCUUCUUCUUCUUCUGGCUCUGGAUCUGAGUAUUCUUCUUCGAUGGCGAGUGAGAUUAGAAACGGUGAUUUGAAGAAGAAGAAGAAGCAGGAAGCUUCGAUGGAGAAAGUUAUGGGUUUGAGCUGUCUGGGUCCAAGCACUAUUAGAUUUUAGAUGAUUAAAUGAGAAAUGUGGUCAAAGGACUGAGUUGUAAAUUUUGAUUUUGUUAAAGAAUGAGAGAGAUCAAUUAAUCCUUGUCUGAUUAAA